UUAUCCACAGAAAACGGGCGCCGCAUCAGACUCCUUCCAAAUCAGCGGUGAGAUCAGCGGGCUGCCGUCCCGCGGCGGUUGAAUGAAGCAAGCAGGGAGCGAGCGAGUACGGGUCCGGUAUGGCAGUCGGCAGCCGCGGUGGACCUCUGUGGUGCGGCUGCAGCGGCUGGGCCCAAGGGCGGGCUUCCACGGCGGGCGUGGAUCUGAGCAUUUGGGUACAGCGGGUGAGGGGACGGCCCGCUGCAGCUGCAGGGGAUCCUCCAUGGCUGCCAGGAAAUUUUCAGUUCCAACAACUUCAAUUGUUCCCGUCUCUGAUAUGGGGAAAAAUGGAUCCACAUUGGAGCUAGAUUCACCAUCUAAAUUCUGUGGUCAUAAAAAUUUAAGGUCAAGUCGGUGUGUCCAGCAUAUAAGCCGAAGCUAACUUGUAUACUCAGUCUUUGCUACUUCACUUUCAUAAGAUGGACCUUCGGGAGAGUACAGUGGCAGAAAUGAUCCAAAGAGGUGACAGGUCAAAGUGGUUGUCAUGUAGCAAUCAUAACAUAAAAUGCUUCACAGAGGGUGAGAUAAAAAGAAUUACCAGCAACUACGAAACUAUCAUUGGAAAAGGCGGCUUCGGAGAAGUUUACAAAGGUGUUCUGCAAGAUGGAAGAACAGUUGCAGUCAAGAGAUUUAUGAGUAAUAUAGAAGAAAAUUUUGCAAAAGAGCUGAAAGUCCACUGUGAAAUCAACCACAAGAAUGUAGUUAGGCUCAUAGGCUACUGUGCCAAGGAAAAUGCCCUAAUGAUAGUCAGUGAGUAUAUAUCUAAAGGGAACCUCAGCAAUGUUCUUCACCAUGAACGCAUUCCCAUCACGUUGGAUAUACGACUGCGUAUCGCGGUGGAGUGUUCAGAGGCAUUGUGCUACAUGCAUUCACAAAUGUAUACUCAGGUGAUCCAUGGUGAUAUCAAGCCUGCCAAUAUACUAUUAGAUGACAACUUCAAUGCAAAAAUAUCUGACUUUGGAAUAUCAAGACUUGUCAACACAGACUCGACCCUUUUCACUGAUCAUGUAAUGGGGAGCAUAGGUUACAUGGACCCUUUGUUUGCUCGCAGCGGGCGUCUCACCUCGAAGAGUGAUGUUUACAGUUUCGGAAUCGUUCUGGUUGAAUUGAUUACAAAGAAAAAGGCAACGAUAAGAAAUGGGGAGGCCGGCAUAGUUGAAUGUUUUACCCAAUCUCUUGUAACAGAGAAGAGAAAGGUGAGAGAGUUGUUCGAUGUUGAAAUCUCAAGCCAGAACAACAUGAAGGUUCUUGAAGGGGUUGCAAAGCUAGCAGGACAAUGCUUGAGAAUGGAGAUAGAUAGACGCCCUGAGAUGAGAGAUGUGGCGGAACGUCUUCGAGCGCUUAGGAAAACUCAAAUUCAAGUUAAACAAACACCAACUAUUUUUCCUUGGGGGUGGAGGAACAAGCCAGCAGCUCAAAACAACUGGCAAUCUUCUAGCUCAGUCACGCAACAAUCUUUGCCAUAUAACUUGUGCCGCCAUUUCUCACUCAGGGAGGUGAAAUCCGCGACAAGAAAUUUUGAGAAGUCGCACCUUAUUGGUGUGGGUUUAUUUGGUAAAGUUUACUAUGGAGUGAUUGAUGGGGGAGCAACAAAGGUGGCUAUCAAACGGGGCAGGUUUGAACAGGAUGUGAGUAUGUUCCAGACAGAGAUAGCGAUGAUGGCCAAUCUCCGCCACCAUCAUCUCGUAUCAUUGGUCGGUUACUGUAAAGAGAAAAACCAGAGGAUGCUGAUCUACGACUACAUGGCUCGUGGCACCCUGAGUGAGAACCUUUACGCUAACAAAAUGAAGGAGCCACCGCUUACUUGGAGGCAGCGUCUAGACGUCUGCAUCGGUGCUGCUCGUGCCCUGCACUACCUUCAUGAGUGUUCCAUCAUCCCUAAUGAUGUGUCGACGACGAAGAUUCUCCUAGAUGAGAGAUUGGCCGGCAAGUUUUCAAGUGAAGUCUCACCAUGGCGGGAUGCCAUGGAUGUGACCCCCACACUGCGUAUGGGACGUCUGGGUUGUGUCGAUCCUGAAUUUUACUGCACUGGACAACUAACACAGAAAUCCAAUGUGUAUUCUUUUGGUGUCGUACUGUUUGAGGUUUUGUGUGCUCGGGCUGCUUAUAAUCCCAAUCUUCCAGAAAGACAAGCUAAUCUGGUAUAUUGCGCCCUUAGUUGCCAGAAGAAGGGCAUCCUUGAUCUGAUUGUUGAUCCAGAUCUUGAAGGAAAGAUUGCUCCGUGGUGCUUCAAGAAGUUUGUGGAGAUUGCUGAGAAAUGUGUAAGUGAUCGUGGUAUCGACCGCCCUACAAUGCAAGAGGUGCUUGAGAACCUGGAGUUGUGUCUUGUAGAACAAAGCGGAAGCCUUGGUGAUGAGAUGUUGGCUGAAGAUGACACUAAUGGUCCUUCAAGGACAGAGCGUCGGUUGAACCUGGAUAUGUACCUUGCAGAAGACGAUGAUUCCAGCCAUUGUAGUUUGGUAUCAACCUUCGAAUAUGAUGACAUGGAAUGUGCUUCUGAUGGUGGUGUGGAUUCUGAUUCCGAAUUGCUAAUGCCACGAUGAGCAGGCAGGAAGCGGUCACCAAUUUUCCUACUGCCAAUGCUCUCUCCACCGACAGAUCAUGCCAGAGAAUUACUCCAUAUAUGUAUACUGCAAUUUCUGACGGUCCCUUUCUUUUCUGAAGCGAGUAUUUUGUACUAUGUCUUUGUUCAUGCUUUUCAUUAUCCGGGUGCUGUAAUGGAUUUGUCAGGCCGUUCACCCUGCACUAUUGUUAUGUCCUUCUAGUCUUGCACUGGCUACAGUUUUCAGUUGGGUAAUCAUCAUUAUGCA